CGUGCGCUUCAGUCGUGAAUGAGAUUCCACGCCGUACGGACCGUAUUUCGUGCCCCUUCAAUGUAGUUGUGCGUCCGUGUGUGUGUGUUCGUUCGUGUUGUCUGUCCGUGUGUUUGCGCCGCGUGCUUCGUCUGCGUUGACAGACCGGUUCUUUUUGUUGUUGUUGUUUUGCUACUUGUAUCGCUUUGUUGUCGUUUGCUUCAACGCCUGCUGGUGUUGGGGGCGGAGGAGGAGCAGGAGGAUUCGUCGUGGUUGCUCCGCGGUCGGUUGAUCCGUGUUUGUAACUAGAGAGAUCUGCCCCAGUGCACCGGGUCUUGGCUGUGGCAAGUUCGGCAGCAUCCGGUGGCGUCAGCGGCAGGUUACCCUUGACAUGCUGUCUCGCUUGACAGCUACGUGCGACCUUUGCUGCUGGACAUUCACUCGUCAAGCGUGAAGAAAUGUGCAGAGGUUCGUGGUAGCGUGUACUACACCGUUGCACGCUGAAUUCCGGCAUGGUGUUCUGCGAUCGUCAACAGGUCGUUUGCAGCUUUACCCUCUUUAAAAUUUGUUUAGUUACGUGAACGAAAAAAUGUUUAGCGUGUAAACAAACGUGAUGAAGUAACGUUUUUUUUUUGCUUCAUCUCCUCUGGGCAAAGGUAGAGGGAUUUGUUUGGAAUGGUGAAACACGCCGAAAACAACAACACCAGAAACGGUAUAAUUUGUUAAAAAAAUGUUGUCGACAACAGAGUGGAUGUGAGAAGAGGCAAAACAAAAGUUUACUGUAAGCUGCGAAACGAAUUCUUUUUUUUUUGUAACGAACCAGAUUUUUCUAUGAGGAAUUAAGGGCAAACGCGUGAUUUAAGCCAAAAAGUAAUCAAUUGAAUUUGCACAACCAACUUGUACACAACAUCGACGUGAAAACCAGCAAAACUCCAGCUCCGCAGCUGGGUUGGAGGUAGUUGGCCAUGCACGUGCUGCAUUGCACGUAAAGGUGUGCCGGUACCUCACAGCAGCCUACUGUGCGCCCAGGUGAUUGUUUUGCGAGUUUGGUGCCAACUUGGUGGUGAAGUAAUAAGAGCGCUUAAAAAGGUGUUUGUGAAUACAAAAAUGGAGUAUUAAAAGUGCACUCGGGAGAGAGAGAAAAAAAAAUUGCAUGUAAUUUUCCGUGUAUCGUUGCGUGUAACGCAAAGUGUAGUGUACGCGUUACAACCAGGUGUAAUUUUCCAAUUUGGUUGUUGUUGCGUGUAGAGAAGAAAACAAAACUUCCGAAAGUGAAAAAGGAAGCGAAAGAAGCAGCAGCGAUUUGUAUCGUUUUGUUGUGUUUGCAACAUACAACACAAUAGAGAAAGAGAGUGAAAAAAGGCGUGUAACUGCGACCACGUGGAACGCGACGAGACCCCCGCGGAGAUUGACCCGGAGUUUGCACACAGGGGCAAACUUGUUUGCCUGUGGCCAAAUCCAAGUCGGCGGCGAAAAGACAUCGCGUUGCCAUAGCGAAAACUGGUUUGCUGCGAGAGGUGUGUGCUUUUUUGCAACCAAGGUGGAAACAAUAUUAAGAUUGAUUUGAACUGUGCGCCGGUUUGUCCGAUCGGGGAUCAAUUGGCGCUUUGGCGCGAAAAAUCGGCCCCACCAGCAGCAAUUAAGAUGCGACCAGCGAUCAUGGCGGAGUGGCCGUCCCCUCGGACUCGGUCUCGGUCCCCGUCAACUGCCGCGGUUAUCUAUCGCUAAGCCAUCGACGACGACGACGACUUUCAAACUGGUGGAAGUGCUAAUGCAAUUAGUGUGCAACGGCGUCGCUCUGUCAGUGCGAUUCCGAGCGUGACUUCCGAAAACGCAUACACAGAGAACCACCCCUCUCGAGUGAGAGUAGUGGACGACUCGGCAUCGCGCUCGCGCCACAGAUAUUGAACACGACCUGCGCUACGGCCGAACUAGACCGACCAUCAUCAACCGUCAUCGACACAUCUACACCGCAACGCAACGGCUUCCAGCAGCGGAUCUUGGCCAGCAGCACCACAGCCACCAACACCACCAACUACGGCGGCGUCGGAGGCAAUUAGCAGUUCCGCGGCGGCCCCCGAUCGCCAUCAUCAUCAUCAUCAUCACCAUCGGAAGAAGAGCAACUCGGCAACCAUCAUUGGUCGAAAGUCGAGCCUCGAUAUCAGCAAAAUGGAGCAUGCCGAUUUAGUUUCCGAGAUGGCUCAGGUCGAGCAUCUGUCCACGCAGGACCGGCUGCAUCUCGCGCGGAUGCGCCGUGCCCAGCAGCUGAAGGUGGCCAAACAGCGCGAAAAGGAAUGGCUCAAGGCGCAGCGGAGCAAGGACCGGCUGGGGAACCAGCACAUGUCCACCUACAAGCGCCACAUCACCUUCGAGGACAGCGUGGUGCUGCUGGAGGCUGCCGCGAGGAACGACAUUGCCGAGGUGGCCAAACUGCUCCAGAAGGGCGUCACGCCGGACGCGACCAACAUGGACGGCCUGACGGCGCUGCACCAGUGCUGCAUCGACGACAACGCCGAAAUGCUGAACCUGCUGCUCGACUACGGCGCCAACGUCAACGCCCAGGACAGCGAACGGUGGACCCCGCUCCACGCGGCCGCCACCUGCGGCCACCUCAACCUGGUCAAGAUCCUGAUCGGGCGCGGAGCGAACCUCCUCUCGGUGAACGCCGACGGCAACAUGCCGUACGACAUCUGCGACGACGAGGAAGCCCUGGACUACAUCGAGGCCGAGAUGAGCAAACGGGGCGUCACGCAGGAACUGAUUGACGAAACGCGGGCCGCCACCGAAACCAAAAUGCUCGUAGACCUGCAGGAGACGGCCGCCCGGCAGGACGGGGACCUGGAAGUACCUGACAGCGCGGGGGCGACGCCGCUUCACAUAGCGUCCGCCAACGGCUACACGCGAGUGGUAGAGUUCCUAUUAGAGCAGCACGUGGCGACGGACGCCGUCGAUCACGACCUCUGGACGCCGGUGCAUGCAGCGGCCUGCUGGGGUCACCUGGAAGUACUGGAGAUGCUGGCGCAAGCCGGUGCCGAUUUGAAUGCCAAAAAUAAGAACGAUGAAACGCCUUCCGAUAUUUGCGAGGACCCGGAGAUUCGAGAACGGAUAGAGCAGCUCAAGACGGAGCAGGAGAGUAAACGACUGGCCGAGGCCCAACGCAAACGGGUCCGGCGAUCCCAGAGCAAUAACACCAGUGUUCGCUCCCAUCCCUGCAGGGCACAAUCCGUGCGGCGGACGUCGCUCCGGGACAAGGGUCUCACCACCAAGAAGGACGCCGUCGAGGAAGCCCGGUUUCGAUUACAAGCGCAAGAGGGCUACACCACACCGGAUGGCGUCACGACGACGACGACGACAACGACGGCUACCGCUGGAAGUAACGGCAGUAACGCCUCUGCCGUCACCGCAGCCACUAACGGUGAUAACCCUAACUCCAAGCGACCGCCACGUAGUUCUAACCUCAGUUCCACUGAUUGCUCCCCCUCUAUCCCACCCUCUAAACCCACAGCCGUCAAUAACAGCAAGAACACCAAUGGUCACCUGAACUCUGUAAAUAACAAUAGCAUCACCAGUAACAACAACAACAACAAUAACAGCACGAGUGUAACGCUGAAUAACGGACUGAACAAUACUCGUUACAACCACAACAACAACCUCCUCAACAACAACAACAACAACAGCAAUAGCAAAGACCACAACAACGGUGGCUACCACGGCGGAACGGCCAACACUUCCGGCACGUCGUCGGCCUACUCGUCGCAGCCACCGUCGCUGAACCAGUACGAUCGCCGGUCGCCGGAAGGCAAGGACAACGACUCGUUCCUGAACGAAACGACGCCCGCGGUGGUGGCCGGAAAAAUCCUCAACGGUAACCAUAACAACAACCAAAACAACAACAACACUGUCAACAACAGCAAGAUACUAGCCUUAUCACCUUCCGCCUCCUCCUCCGUUUCGUCCUCAACAGCCGCAGCAGUCAAUGGUAAUCUAGUCAGUAGCAAUAGUAGUAGCAACAACAACAACACCAACAACAACAUUCCAAAUGCGACGGCCACGGCCACCGCCACCGAGGUGUACUCGACCUCGAACAACGAGAACGGCAAGAUCAACGUCCAGGUGACGGUUCUAGUGGAUCCAUCUGUCGCAGGAACGCUGGCGGACCUGAAGAAGCACCGCUCGCAGAACCGGUCCAGCGUCAGUCCGGAGAACGGUUCGCUGCUGAGCGCCCAAGGUCUGACGACCAACGGCAACGGCCAGCCGCUCGAACUGUCGCUGGUGUCAACGGGGACCAGCGACCACUACUUGGCUCACGGUAACGGCGAAAAGUCGGCCAUUUCGACGCUGAGCAGCGCCACCGGAAAUGGCGUGCUGGCGGCGGAUGGCGGAACCGCUGUCCACACCCCGAGCGGGACGCUCAACAAGUUUAGCGGAAACACGAGCGACGUCGUCAGUGACAGCACGCGGUCGCGGCGGUGCUGCGUGCUGAUGUAAGUAAUCCAAGAUGGCGGCGGCCCAGCAGCUGUCAAACUAGGAUUAAGCGGCACCACACUGUAAGUUGUGAUUUGUAGGUUAGAGUUUUCUUUCGUUUAUUUUUUUGGUUUUGUCGCCUUUUUUCGACCAUGGCGCGCAAUUGUGUGUGAAAAUUGAUGCGAAACUUAACCUAGGUUUUUUUCCGUAACCGGUUUUGACGGUAAGGCCUGGCGCGAAAACCAAAACUAGAUAUGUGUGCAUGUAUAUGAUUUCCCCUUAGUAUUAUUUGUAUAUUUUCAAAAUUAAGUAGAAACUCGAGAGCAAGAGGCACCCUCAAGAUUCAUCAUGUAUUCAGUAUUCAACGCUUAAGUACUUAAAAUAUAUAAAUGGCUUUAUUUACCCAAUUUCUCCGCAAGCAGA